AUGUCUCGCACUGCAAGGAACGGGAGGAUUGAGUUGGGUCUGGAGGCGUCCCAGGCUCGACUGAGGGGCAUGGAGGCCCUGCUCAAGUCUAAGGACGCCUCACUCUCCUCCGCACUGGGGGACAAGAGAUCCCUUGAGGGGUACCUGAACACCCAGUUGGAUGAGCUGAAGACUAAGCUGAAUAACAGUGAGACGCAUCUGAAGGAUGAGAUGCUUCGCCGGGUGGAUGCUGAGAACCUCAUUCUCACCCUGAAGGAGAAACUGGAAUUCCAGAAGUACCUGCACUUUGAGGAGCUGAGUGAGUCUAAGCACUGCUACGAGUCGCGCAUGGCGGAGAUGAGCAGCACCAGUCAGCAGGAGCUGGAGACCAAGCUGGCCGAUGCCCUGGCCAGGCUGCGGGCUCAGCAUGACGAGCACCUCGCCAUCUACAAGCAGGAGAUGGAGGACAUCUUAAAAUCCAGGGUGGAGAACGUUCAUCAGUCUGCGGGCAGGACCAGCCGCCUGCUGGAGGCAGCCCGUGAGGAGCUGGAGCAGACCCAGUCCCGACUGGAGCACGUCACCACACAACGCAGCCAGCUGCAGAAACAGCUGGCGGCCAGUCAGGCCAGUAUUGGUGAGCUGGAGGAGGCCCUGGCCCAGAACCGGGACAUGACUCGCUUCCAGCUGAACGACAAGGACCAGGAGCUGGUGGAGAUGGGGCUGCGCAUGCAGGAGCAGGUGGAGGAGUACCAGGAGCUGCUGGAGAUCAAGCUGGCCCUGGACAGAGAGAUCAGCACCUACAGGAAACUGCUGGAGGGCGAGGAGGAGAGGCUCCACCUCUCUCCCUGCCCCAGCCGCCGGCCUGUGGUACCAACACCCUCCUCAGCCACUGCCUCCGCCACUGCCGCUCCAAGCCACCACAUGGUUCAGGGCAACAGCACACCAAACUCCUCCUUGCCAGAGUAUCUCAGAUUCACAAGACAUACUUCGGCCUCAGGCACACUAGGACACAUCGUUCAACACAACAGCACACCAAAGUCCUCAGUGGAAUCAAUGCACUCCUCAACGUCAUCUCACUCCUCAGGGUCAAGAAACGCCUUGAAACGACGCCUCAGCUACACAGAAGAUAGACCAGGCUUUGAUGAUGACAGCAACGUAGACAUGGAAUACGACAGUACUGCGGAUGGCAGCAGCACCAUGGGUGACACUAGCACCAUGGAAGAAAGACGCACCAUGGGUGACUACAGGAACAUGCACAGCAUGGAUGGCACAGGCGACAUGAAUGACACGCUCACCCACACGCACAUUACCCAGCAGGCCACUGACUCUGGCCACAUCGCAGUGGAGAAGGUUGACCCAGAGGGAAAAUAUGUGUGUAUCAGCAACAAGUCACAUCAGGACCAGGCUCUUGGCCGCUGGCAGGUGAGGAGGCAGAUGGGCUCCAGCUCUCCCAUCGUCUACAAGUUCAACCACAACUUCAUCCUCAAAGCCCGACAGACUGUCACCAUCUGGGCGGCUGAAAAGGGGAGCCUCUGCCACAGUCCUGUGGUGUGGAAGAAGCAGAGGUCCUGGGGAAGUGGAGACGAGCUGCAGAUCACUCUGUUCAGUGCAGAGGGACAGGAGAUGUCCAUGAGGAAGAUCACACAGUCUACUCCAGGCUGAUGGUGAAGAGGAGGUGGACAUUUAUCUCAGGCUGUUAUUUUGUAAAGCAUAUUAUUGAUUCCACUAAAUAAGCUUUGUUUUUUUUCUGAAUGCACUGUGCCAAACUAACCUGACUCUCACCAGAUAAAUGAGUUCCGCCUUGCUCCAUGAAAACAUUCAUCUGGAGCUGCACCAUAGGCCAACUCUGUGCCAUAGGCAUAGCUCUGCGAAGGCGUGGUUUUACUUAUUUUUUGAAUCCAUGUGCGUGAUUGGGCAAACACUUAUCUGAUAUUUUUAAUAAAAUAACCAAUUAAAACACGGUGUUAUACAUUUGCUGUUAGCAGAAUGGCAAUGACCAAGUCGUAGUGCAUUAUUAAAGGCCCUUUGUUAUGUCAUAGUAUUGUAGGGCUAUGGUAGUUAACUUUUCAGUUACUAUUAAAGUGUGCCACUGGAGGUACGGCGUGCAUAAAGGGGCUACACUACUCACAGAUUUGAAAAUACAGUUGAAAUUAUAGAAUGUCGAGGAGUGAGUCCGUGCGAGCGGCCAGUGUUGUCUGAAACAACUGUCACGCUUGACUUAUUUUUCCCUUCGCCAUUAUGUUUAAAUUCUGACUACGUCACAUCUCUGAAAAGACUGCAGUCUUCAUUGGUUCUAUUGCAUUUCGGUUCAGGAGCAGGGCGAAUCCAAAGGUCCUCUAGACCCUUGUGUGAGCUCAUUAAGCUUAUUGGCGAGAGUCAGGCUAGAACCAACCAAGCUCAUAAUAUCUUGCUUUCGGGUGUUUCCCUCCUAAUUGUUGUUGCAUAGUGCUUAAUUUACUUCAAUGUGCUUGCUGAAACCAGUGGCCUCAGUCCAGGUCAGGUUGGGUUGCAUUUGUUCCACAAAAUACAUUUCCUGUCUUCAUGACCCUGACCUAAAUUCAGCCACAGUCAGUGGCAGGGGAAGUGUGUGGUUGCAGUGCAACUAGCUACGUAUCAAAUUCCCUUGAAUUAACCCGGUCACUCACUUGGCACACUCAGGGAUAUUAUUUGACCAUGUGAAAUAGACUCAGUGCUCAUCUUGACUGGGGUACCUAUCUGACUAUUUGCAUCAUGUCUUAUUCCAUGCUGAAACCUGGACAGAAUAUCUAUUGGGCAGAAGGGGCAAGGUUCCUGAAGCCAUCUGGAAGGGUGGUCUUGCCUAGAACUAGACACAUGCCACUACGGCCUCUCCGGCUUCUGGUGCCUUUGCUCCGAGGUGUGUAAAUAACAGGUGAAACAAAAUGAAGUUAUGCUUCCCUCUGGUGGCCUUUGUUAGGUACUACGGCUACUGAGCUUGAUGCUCUUGUUUGGUUGCGAUCCACUGUAGCCUAUUUUGAUAUCACACAUGAUCAAUUGUUUCAAUGUUUUAAGAUUUCUCUGACUUUUUCAUAUACAUUUGAUACCUCAUGCCUAAUUUAGGACCAACGAUGCCAAAUGCCUGUCAGAGAUCUGACUGAUGGUGCUAUAUUACUCAGGUGUUAAUGUUUGUUUAAAUUUGUAUAAAAUGAAAAUGACAAAUGUAAAUUAAUUGAGACACAGUAUUUUUGUUUUAAUUGUUCCAUUUUGUUUGUGCUUGAUUAUGUAAAAUGCAUUGACCAGCCCCACUUUGUUUCCUUCACGGUUGUGUGAUGAUACAAAUGUCUUUUUCUACAUUAAAAUGAGGCUUUCUAAAUUAUGCAGAUCAUUAAAUU